UAUCUGAUAUCGCUGAUAUGGUCUUAUCGCUUGUCGUCAAUAUGACAAUUAUUAAUUUGUCAUUUUUAUGUCAAAACUUCGUUUUCGACAACUUGUCUUAUUCGAUCCAGGAAUAUCAACAACACCAUGGCUUAGCGUUCCAGUGUGAUAGUCGAAUUCCAGAAAUUACUCCUCCAGGAAGACGAUUUACCCAGGUGUUUUCGCAGCACGCGCAACUUUAUGAAAAAGAAGAAAGCAACUUUUCUACAGAUAAAAAGCUUAUUUAUGAUCAUCCUUUGUUCCCUUUAUUGGUCCGCGUUUUUGAAAAGUGUGAUUUAGCAACAAACCUCAGCGGAAGAUCUGAGAAACUGGACACAAGUGGUGAGCAGUACACAUCAGAAUCGUUUAACGAAGAUAUACACCAAUUUGCAACUAAGCUUGAAAACAACAAGCCGUUUUUUACAACCAACAUGGAAAUGGAUAACUUACUAGUUCAAGCAAUACAAGUACUCCGAUUUCAUUUGUUGGAAAUAGAAAAGGUUCACGAGCUAUGCAACAAUUUUUGCAAACGGUACAUAGAAUGCUUAAAAGGAAAAAUGCCAUUGGAUUUCGUUUUAGAAGAUAACAGUAAAAAAGAUAUUUAUCUAGAUGGUGUUAAAGUUGACCGAUCUGUUCCACAAACAGAUUACCAGCACAAGAUUCAACCUCAAGCUUGGUCUCCUAUAGAUAAUCCAGGUUGCCAUCGCAACAGCUCUACAAAGCCAAAAGUUUUAACUUUACCUGCGACAUCAACAGGAUAUCAAGAUAACAGACAACUUGAAAGCUCAGUACCAUUGGAGUCACAAGCAACUGAAGCAGAAGGGCAUAGUGCCGCAUCGUCCGAAAACAUGCCCGAUUCUGAAGACUCAAUUUAUCGUGACGAAGAAGAUGAAAAAGACAAAAAAAAACAGAAAAAGAGAGGAAUAUUUCCUAAAAUGGCAACAAAUAUUAUGAAAGGCUGGUUGUUUCAGCAUUUAACGCACCCAUAUCCUUCAGAAGAACAAAAACGUCAACUUGCCAACGAAACUGGUUUAACAAUCGUUCAAGUAAACAACUGGUUUAUAAAUGCAAGACGUAGAAUUGUACAACCUAUGAUAGACGCAUCAAAUCGUGCUGGAAAAUCACCUGUUGUAACUGUUUAUAAAUCAAGAAGACGUAAAAACUCUGGAUCUGAGAGUGUAUCUCCAGGACCGUAUAUAUACCCACCUAUUAGUGGACACUAUACUCCUCCCUACAUAGGGGACCAUUACGGGUCAAUGUAUUCACCUUAUCAUGUUGAUGUUAGCCUACCACCUUCUUCUCAUCAUUAUCCUCCAAGAGCGUACGGAUCUGAACAACAUGCAAUGAACGCUUUACCUAUUUCUAGUUGCAAUCAGAUUAGACCGCAUCAAUCCUACUCAGGAUAUAGAAACUCACCGGCAGUUACACCACAAUCGUACAUUGGCCAUGGACAUCCCUCUAUAUUAAACCCUUCACCAAACCUACAUGCUUACCACAGUCAUUCGUUGUCAUUACCUUAUAUACCACCACCAUCGCAUCCCUACCCUAUACAUGAUAGCCUACAGGCUUUAGAUAUUCAUAAUCAGUAGUAAACUACCCAACUUUUUUCAAGACCACGAAGAGUUAAAAUUUAGCUAACAAGCAAUUAUGGAAUUUCAGUCAAUUAACAUUAGCUAUUAACAGCAAAUAGAAAUUAUAAGAAAUUAAAAUAAAGUUUUUUGUUGUAAAAUAUUUUUCCUACAAUGUUUGUAAAUAAUUAAUUUUAAA